CCGCGGCCGGCGGCGGCGGCGGCGACGACCACGACGAGGACGACGGCCUGGCCAUGGUGGCCCUGUCGGAAUUCGGGGCCCUCUAUCUGAAUGACUGCCUGCUGAGUGGCCCGGCCGAGCCGGAUGCCCUGGCCGCGCGGGGCGCCUUCGCCGGGCUCUUCUCCGCGGCCUCGGCCCAGCCGGCCGGCAGCCCCUCGCAGGUGAGCUCGCUGGCCGUGCACGGGUCCUUCCUCCUGUGGACCACCACCGGCAGCCUGCGCGUCCUGCCGCUGGCAGGGCCGAUGUCCCUGACCGGGGCCCUGCAGCUGGUGGCGGCCGUGGACGACACGGAUCCCCUGGGGCCGGUGCUGCUGGCCGGGGCCGGGGCCGGGGCCGGGGCCGGGCUGACGGACGCGGCGGCCAGCGCGCGCUUCUGCGAGCGCGGCGGCCGCCUGGUGGCCGCCGUGCCGGCCGGCGUGACGGUCCUGCUGGAAAUGCCCCGCGGCAAUUUGGAAACCGUGCACCCGCGGCCGCUGGUGCUCUUCUGCAUCCGGGGGCUGCUGGACGCCCGGGAGUAUGGCCCGGCCCUGGCGCUGGCCCGGCGCCACCGGGUGGACAUGAAUGUCCUGGUGGAUCACCGGCCGGAGCAAUUCUUCGCCGACAUGGCCCGGGUGGUGGAUGCGCUGCUGGCCGCGCCGCGUCUCGGUGCUGGCGCCGGCCCGGGGGCCGAUGUCCUGAGCGCCUUCCUGGCGGAUCUCGUGGACGAGUAUCGCCGGGACUCGCCGGACCAGGAGCCGGCCGCCACCGGCAAGAUCAACGCCGUGUGCACCGAGGUGGCGGCGGUGCUGCGCGCCCGGGCGGACCUCACCCCGGAGGCCGACGCGGCCCUGGUGACGGCGCUCAUGCGCCGCCGCCCGGCCGAUGUGGAUGAGGCCAUGCGCGUGGUGCAGGCCCGCAGCGGCGAGGCGGCCGGGCGGCUGCUCCGCCAUGCGGCGGCCCUGGUCCGGCCGCGGGCCCUCUACACGGCGGCCCUGCGGCUGCAUGACCUGGACCUGGCCCUGCGCGCGGCCCCGCUGGACCCGCUGCACGAUCCGCGCGAGUAUCUGCCGCUGCUGCAGGCGGUGGCGGCCGUGCCGCCCGGUCCGACGCGGGCCUUCCGCCUGGAGCACCAUCUGGCCCGGCAUGACCGGGCCUUGGGGUUCCUGGCGGCCUCGGUGGCCGGGCAGCCGGCCGCCAGCCUGGCCGAAGUGGCGGCAUAUGCCCAUGCGCAUGGUCUCCACCGGGAGGCCCUGCGCCGGCAUGCGCUCCUGUGCCCGGUGGGCCAGGUCCCGGUGACCCCCUUCUCCGGGCAGGCCGGGCUCCCGGGCAAGAGCACCUUCCUGGCGUCGGUGGCCCCGGCGGCGUCGGGCGCCGAUGCGUGGGGCACUUGGCCGGCCGGCCAGCGGGCCGAUCUGCUGGUCCUCUUUGCCGGGGCCCUGGCCGCCGGGGGCCAGCAGCAGCCGCAGCACCAUCUCGAGGCGGCUGUGGCCUUCGAGCUGGCCGGGCACCUGGACUCGGCCGCCGAGCAGUAUGCCCUGGCGCUUGACAUCCACUCGCUGCUGGACCUGCCGCUGGCGGACACCCUGCCGGCGGAUGCCCUCCUGGGGAUGGCCGGGCUGCAUGAGCGCCCGGCGGCCGGCGCCUUCCCGGCCAGCCUGCGGGCCUUCACCGCGGCCGCGCUGACAGCCGGGCGCGACCGGGCCCCGGAGUCUGAUGGCCUGGCUCGCGUGGUUGCCCGGCGUCGCGACGCGGCCGAGCGUGCUCUCGAGCGCCUCCAGGCCGCCGGGAACCUGAUCGACGCGGCGACCGCCGCCCUCGACGGACUCGGCGAUCUGGAGCGCGCGGUCGAGCUGCUGGUGUCCGGGUCCUUCUGGACCGCGGCCGAGAAGCUGUGCGCGGCAUACGACCGCCCGGAUUUGCUCGUGACGCAUGUGCAGCCCGGGCUCCUGGCCGCCGAGCAGGACCUGACGUCGCACUGUGCCGACCUGGUGGACAGCCUGACCGAGCGCUUCGACCGGGUGGACCGGCUCCGCGCCGACCGCCGGGCCAAGCAGGAGGCCGAUGCCCAGGAGCUGGCCGCCUCGCUGGACCGGUACCUGGCCCUGGCCGAUGGCGAGGGGGACGGCCCCGGGGCCGGGUUCGCCCAUGAGGACGCCGUCAGCGAGGCCGGCACCGCCACCACCAGCGCCAGUGCCGCGGGCUUUUCCCACUCGAGCGCCUCCUCCCGGUCGCUGCGCAGUAACACCACCCGGGCCACGGUCAAGGCCGAGGGCAAGCGCCGGCGCAAGGCGGCUCGGUCGCGCCUGCGCAGCCGCCCCGGGUCCCCUUACGAAGAGGCCCGUCUGCUGGUGUCCAUCGCGAGGGAUUGCGCCGGGCUGCUGGCGGCCGGGGACCCGUGCCGGUCGCAGCGCCUCCUGGUGGAAGCCCUCCUCCGGCAGGGGCUCCACCGGGAGGCGGCCAGCGCCCAGGCCGCCUUCCGCCAGGUUCUGCGCCUGGUCCAGGCCCGGCUCGAGGCCGCCUUCGACCAGUAUGAGGCCCCGCCGCUGGAGGUCGAUCCGCAUGGCGAGAAUGCCGAGCGCACAGCCGCCGAGAUCGAGGUCAUGCAGGCGCUUGUCCCCGUCAAGCCGGUUCUGCCCGCCUCGGACGACGACUGGCAGGUGGCCCUGCCGUCCGAGUAAUCCGUUCCCACCUGCACGCGGCUUCUCUCCCUCAGCAUCUAUCCUUCCCUUGGUUCCCCUCCCCACCCUCUUCCUCCCCGCUUCUCCCUCUCUUCCCCCGCCAUCCACACCACACGAACAUGUGGGGGCGGGAGGAGAAGGAAAUAAGAAAAAGAAAUGGAAA